GGCCGCAGCGCGUGGAAGUGGGGAUGCGCGGUGGCGGUUGCCAGCCGUUUCUCCGUUCCGGUUGAAAAAAACACCUCACGGCUCAGAGGUUGGAGACUCCCCUGCUUCUACAGUAUUUUAACAUCGUUCUGGCGGGGAAAAUAAAGUCCUUUGAUUAUAUAUGAGAUAUAUUCUUUAUAUUUGUACGUAACUGUGAGCGAGGGCGUCCACAUUUGAUCUCACUUGAAUCUUUUUUCUCGGAAACGACGGCUGCUGUGACAGGGAAAGCUAAACGGGAAGGUACCCCCCCACCCAACCCCGGAUUAACAUUUCAAAUUCCCCAACGGACCUUUGCGCGAAAGGCCGUACGGCUCGCGGUCGUAACGUAACGCAACGCGUAACCGUCCCGAGUUGCCUAGCAACCACGAACGCCCGAACUGCAUCAAUCAACAGAGGCGAUGGAGUAAACAAAAGCACAUGGGCAGCUACGGCGGCGAAUCCCCGAGUCGGGAGGUUUGUUACGCCACCAAUGGAAUGUGAGAACUGGAACAAGGCUGGAUUGUGAGGCGGAGAAGAUUCGGAUCGCAAGGAGGAGCGAAGAGAGACGUCCUGUUCUCUCCCGGCUUUAACUAACGGGUGCACGAAAGGCUUCCUUCCGUAAAUCGGAUCCCGUUAGUGAAAGAACAGAAUAUUCUUAAGAAUAUUAGAGAAAAAGCAUAGCAAUAAUAGUCCUAGAUUGCUCUUUUGGGAUGCGAAUUUGCUCUUUUUUUUGCCGCAGAAAAGAAUCUUCCUUGUGAAGGAGAAAAAUCCUUUAGUGGUAGAAGUACUUUCCUAACCAGAAGGUUUUAUUUUCUAAGAGUUAGUAUAUGAGCAACAGAUUUAUAUGGUUACAUUGAAAGCAGAUUUUAUAUAUUUAUUUUUUUAAAAGAAAUUUUCAAGCAAUUGUCCCACUCAGAAUUCGUUACCAAAAUGUCUGUCAAAGUCACAUUGUAUGAAUUGGCGGAUCUCUCCAUAGGGACCCCUGAGGUUGGUGUUAUCAAUUUCAAUGCCCUCCACGCUCUCCUACAUAGUGUCAUCAGCUACCUCAACAUUCAAGAUAUCAAAGCAGAUGUGAAGAUGGACAGAGGUCCUCCAACCAAGCCAAAGAUGGCAUUGCUUUCUGCUGUAACUGAGGCAGGACCUACUGAUUUAUUGGGCCAAGAGGCAUUACCAAAAGAGAAGGAGGACAAGGAAGGCAUUUUGAAAGAGGAGCAGGAUCCUCGGCUUGCUGACUUGGAAAAGAAACUAAAGCUGAUGGAGACCAAUCUCCGUGGCGUGAGAGGUCAGAUUAAAGGGAUAGAAGGCCAGGUCCAAGGGGUAUUAGGUCAAGUCCAAGAAGUAGAAAAUCAAGUCAGUGGGGUGCAAAAUCAAAUUCAGGGAAUACAAGAUGAAGUCCAUGGAGUGCAAGAUCAAACUCAAGGAGUGCAGGAUAAAGUGAAAAGUAUGGGGAAAGACCUCAUAGGGUUUGAAAAACAGAUUGCUGGACUGGAGAAGCUUCCUUCAGGGACUGAACUGAUAGAGAAGACCCAAAGUGGAUCAGGCACAGCUGUAUCUGACAUGUGGCAAAUGAUGCAGAUGCAGAAAAAGAUUGAAGCCAGUGAGAAUGGAAUCAACCAGGCUAUGUCUCUGUUACAAGAUUUAGUGGAUGAGACGAGCAACAUGAAAUCAGCCACAGGCAACUUGGAGGAUGAAGUAAAAAAAAUCAAGGAGCACUUAGCUGUGCUAGAUCCUCGUGGGUUUGAUGAUCGUUUAAAUGUUUGCCUGAGCGAUCAGAGUAGCUUGGAUCACGAUUUGAAAGAUUUAGAGAGGAGGUUAAACCAAUUCCCAUCUCCAGAAGAAAUGGUACGGUGGGAAGUUCUUGAAGAUAUCCUUGUGAAGGGCAAGAGCCCAUCUCCUCAGACAAGUCCAGUCCAAUACUCUCCAACUGGUUCAACCUCACCAGAAGGCAAAACUCUGGGAUCUCCAGAAACUCAGCCUGGCACUGCUACCCAGAGAACACAAGGAGGCCCGAGGCCACCAACUGGACUACCAGGGACCCAGACAGGAGCACCAGGGGCUCCAAGUGGAGCAGCUGUCCCUGGAACACAGCCAGGCAUUGCUGGGGCUCCAGGACCACUUGGACCUCAGCUUGGAGCAUCUGGGGCAUAUCCUGGGGCACCUGGAACCCAGGCUCCCUUUCCUGGAGCACCUGGAACGUAUCCCGGGGCACCUGGAACACAGGCUCCCUUUCCUGGAGCACCUGGGACCUAUCCUGGGGCACCUGGAACCCAGGCUCCCUUUCCUGGAGCACCUGGAACGUAUCCCGGGGCACCUGGAGCCCAGGUUCCCUUUCCUGGAACACCUGGAGCCCAGGCUCCCUUUCCUGGAGCACCUGGAACGUAUCCCGGGGCACCUGGAGCCCAGGCUCCCUUUCCUGGAACACCUGGGACCUAUCCCGGGGCACCUGGAGCCCAAGCUCCCUUUCCUGGAGCACCUGGGACCUAUCCCAGGGCACCUGGAGCCCAGGCUCCCUUUGCUGGAGCACCUGGGACCUAUCCUGGACACCUGGAGCCCAGGCUCCCUUUCCUGGAGCACCUGGGACUUAUCCUGGGACACCUGGAGCCCAGGCUCCCUUUCCUGGAGCACCCGGGGCAUAUCCCGGGGCACCUGGAGCCCAGACCCCUUUUCCUGGAGCACCCGGGGCAUAUCCUACGGCCCAGGCUCCCUAUCCUGGUAUACCUGGGGCUCAAGCUCCAUAUCCUGGAGCUCCAGGAGCCCAGCCUGGAGUUCCCGAGACCCAAGCACUCUAUCCUGGAGCCCAGCCUGGAGAUCCUGGAGCACAAGGCCCUUAUCCUGGGGGACCUGAGGCCCAGCCUGGAGCUCCUGGAGCCCAAGGCCCUUAUCCUGGGGGACUGGGGCCCAGCCUGGAGCUCCUGGAGCCCAAGGCCCUUAUCCUGGGGGACCUGGGGCCCAGCCUGGAGCUCCUGGAGCCCAGCCUGGAGUUCCUGGAGCCGAACCACCCUAUCCUGGAGCACCUGGGGCCCAGCCUGGAGCUCCUGGAGCCCAGCCUGGAGUUCCUGGGGCCCAACCACCCUAUCCUGGAGCACCUGGGGCCCAGCCUGGAGCUCAAGGCCCUUAUCCUGGGGGCCUGGGGCCCAGCCUGGUGCUCAAGGCCCUUAUCCUGGGGGACCUGGGGCCCAGCCUGGAGCUGCUGGAGCCCAACCACCCUAUCCCGGAGCACCUGGGGCCCAGCCUGGAGCUCAAGGCCCUUAUCCUGGGGGACCUGGGGCCCAGCCUGGAGCUCCUGGAGCCCAACCACCCUAUCCCGGAGCACCUGGGGCCCAGCCUGGAGCCCAAGGCCCUUAUCCUGGGGAACCUGGGGCCCAGCCUGGAGUUCCUGGAGCCCAACCACCCUAUCCCGGAGCACCUGGGGCCCAGCCUGGAGCUCCUGGAGUUCCUGGAGCCCAACCACCCUAUACUGGAGCACCUGGGGCCCAGCCUGGAGCUCCUGGAGCCCAAGGCCCUUAUCCUGGGGGACCUGGGGCCCAGCCUGGAGCUCCUGGAGCCCAGCUUGGAGCUCCUGGGGCCCAAGCACCCUAUCCUGGAGGCCAGCCUGGAGCUCCUGGAGCCCAAGGCCCCUAUCCUGGGGGACCAGGGGCCCAGCCUGGAGCUCCUGGAGCCCAGCCUGGAGUUCCCGGGACCCAAGCACCCUAUCCUGGAGCCCAGCCUGGAGCUCCUGGAGCCCAAGGCCUUAUCCUGGGGGACCUGGGGCCCAGCCUGGAGCUCCUGGCGCCCAAGGCCCCUAUCCUGGGGAACCUGGGGCCCAGCCUGGAGCUCCCGGAGCCCAGCCUGGAGUUCCCGGGGCCCAAGCACCCUAUCCUGAAGCCCAGCCUGGAGGUCCUGGAGCCCAAGGCCCUUAUCCUGGGGUACCUUGGGCCCAGCCUGGAGCUCCUGGAGCCCAAGGCCCUUAUCCUGGAGCACCUGGGGUCCAGCCUGGAGUUUCUUGGGCCCAAGCACCCUAUCCUGGAGCCCAGCCUGGAGGUCCUGGAGCCCAAGGCCCUUAUCCUGGGGUACCUUGGGCCCAGCCUGGAGCUCCUGGAGCCCAAGGCCCUUAUCCUGGGGGACUUGGGGCCCAGCCUGGAGCUCCUGGAGCCCAAGGCCCUUAUCCUGGAGCACCUGGGGUCCAGCCUGGAGUUUCUUGGGCCCAAGCACCCUAUCCUUGGAGCCCAGCCUGGAGGUCCUGGAGCCCAAGGCCCUUAUCCUGGGGAGGCUGGGGCCCAGCCUGGAGCUCCUGGAGCCCAACCACCCUAUCCUGGGGGACCUGGGGCCCAGCCUGGAGCUCCUGGAGCCCAACCACUGUAUCCUGGGGCACCUGAGGCCCAGCCUGGAGGUCCUGGGGCCCAGGUCCCUUAUCUGGGAGCGCCUGGGGCCCAGCCUGGAGGUCCGGGAGCCCAAGUCCUUUAUCCGGGAGCCCAGCCUGGAGGUCUGGGAGCCCAAGGCCCUUAUCCUGGUGCACCUGGGGCCCAGCCUGGAGGUCCUGAAGCCCAACCACCCUAUCCUGGGGCACCUGGGGCCCAGCCUGGUGUUCCUGGAGCCCAACCACCCUAUCCUGGGGCACCUGGGGCCCAACCUGGAGGUCCUGGAGCCCAACCACCCUAUCCUGGAGCACCGGGAGUUCAAUCUGGGGGUCCUGGAGCCCAACCCCCCUAUCCUGGAGCUCCUGGGGCCCAGCCUGGAGGUACUGGAGUUCCUGGGGCCCAAGCCCCCUAUCCUGGGGCACCUGGAGCGCAGGCUCCAUAUCCUGAGGCAGCUGGAGCUCAAGUUCUGUAUCCUGAGGUUUCAGAGGCCCAACCUGGAGCUCCUGGGGCUCAACCACCCUAUCCUGGGGCACCUGGAGCCUAUCCUGGGGCCCAAGUUCCAUAUCCUGGUGUUCCAUGGCCCCAGGCUGGGGUGCCUGGAGCACAGCCUGGUAUUGCUGGGGCCCAACCUGGAGUUUCUGAAGGCCAACCCCCCUACCCUGGGGCACCUGGGACCCAAGUUCCAUAUCCUGGGAUUCCAGGGGUCCAACCUGGGGCUCCUGGAGCCCAGCCUGCUGUUCCUGGGGCCGAGCCUGGAAUUCCUGGAGCCCAGUCCCCCUAUCCUGGAGUACCUGGGCUCUAUCCCGGAGCACCUGGGGCUCAAGCUCCAUAUCCUGCUGGGGCCCAACCUGGUGCUGCUGGGACUCAACCUGGUGCUGCUGGGACUCAACCUGGUGCUGCUGGGGUCCAACCUGGUGCUCCUGGGGCCCAACCUGGUGCUCCUGGGACUGAGGCAGAGUAUCUUGGUGCCCCUGGGGUUCAGCCAGUCUAUCCUGGAGCUUUAGCUUGGACACAACCCGGAUAUCCUGGCCCCCCUGGAUUCUAUCCUGGAGCCCCAACUGGAUCUCCUGGCCAGCCUGGAGGGCCUGGGCUCUUUCCACCUGGAUAUCAACCUCCUGCCUUACCUGCUGCUCCAGCAGGCCAAUUGACUGUGCCACCUGUGCUAGGUGUUCGAGCUGCACCCCCAUCAUCUCCCCUCUUCCCCUCCACUACUCCUAUGGGGUAUUCUGAGACCCCCUCCUCUUCAACCAAUUUGGCUCCAACUCGCUAUGCGGAGACGUUAGAUGCCCUGCGCUCCCUUUCACAGCUGAAUGACCUCUACCAAACUCUCAGAGACCAAAUCGCCAUGCUGGACUACUACAAGUGUGGCCAUUCUGAUCUCCGCAGGCUACAGGACUUCCUCACUGAUGCACUUUAUAAGACCUUUGCUACCAUCCCACCUAAUCUGUCAGAAAAACUUGAUGCUAUGCGUUCCUUGGAAGAAGACUUCAAAUCUGAGAAAGAGGUGUUAAGGAGGAUUCAGAAUGCAAUUGAAGGAGAAUUGCCGGGAGAAGAAGUAGAGAAAAUAGAGGGAGCUAAUCAGAUCACCUUGCAAGUAGGUUAUCUCAGAGCAACGGUGCACGAUAUAGAGAAAGAGCUAAAGGAGCUGAGACAGAAACAAGAUAUGGGGAAAGCCAAAUUGGAGCAGUCGAUGACAGACAAUGCCUAUUACCUCCAGGAGCAGUUAGACAAGCUUAGAUCUGUCAUAGAGAACAUGAUGUCCUCCUCGUCAACUUUGCUGUCCAUGAGCAUGCCACCCAUCCCAGAGUCUGGUGCAGCUCAAGUCCAAGGCACGUGUGCAGCCUGCAGCUUAGAUGUCAGUGAGAAGGUUAGCCAGUUGUUCAAGCGCUACGAGCAGCUGCAGGACUCAGUCAACAACUUCAUGUUGAGGCAGGCAGAAAGCAAAACGAAGAAACCCAAGCAACGCCAGGAUGAAGAGGUGCUCAACCAAAUCCAGAGUACUAUCCUGCAAGUCCAAGAAGAUUGUGAGAAGCUGAAUGCCACUACUGGCAAUCUUGUUGAAGAUCAUCACCAGAAACAGAAAGAGAUCAGUGCAUUGUACAAAUCACUGGAGAAACUGGAAAAUGAAAAAGUUGACAAAGAUUCCCUAGAGACCGAAAUCCAUGUGAAAGCAGAUAAGACUGCCCUUGCGGCAAAGGUCAGUCGCACCCAGUUUGAUGCCACCACAGAACAGCUACAUAAGAUGAUGCAGGAACUACUAAAUAAGAUGGUUGGGCAGGAACAAGACUGGCAGAAAAUGCUAGACAAACUCUUGAUUGAAAUGGACUCCAAGCUGGACCGCUUGGAACUGGAUCCAUUCAGGCAGCAGCUGGAGGAUCGUUGGAAAGAUAUUCGGAAACAGUUGAAGCAAAGGGUUCCACAAGAUGAAGGGGAUGAGGCUGCAGGGAUCAGAAGGAGACUCCUGGCUCACUUCCACUGCAUUUCUUGUGACCGACCCUUAGAGAUGGUGGUGCCUGGCCCGCGAAUUACGACUCUCCCAGCUGUUCCAGGUUUACCUGCUCAUCAAUCCCUCCGGCCGUAUAUGGUUUAUGAAAUGGAACAAAUCAGGCAACUGAACCGCAACAAUUUGAAAUUAGGACCGGGUGUUCGUUUUGAUGCCCUGGAGAAGAGUGCUAGUCUGAACAAGUUACGGCGCAUCCAUUCCAAGAUGCUCAUGGACAUACAGAAGGUGCAGAGUCAUUAUGGCGGAGCUGCCAGGGUCAACGCUCAGAUGAUCAGGGAUGCCCUGCAGUCCCAGUAUCUUGGCUCAAGCCCUUUUGGCAAACGAGAGAGACUUCCAGAAAUGGCUGACGUUAGCUACAUGAAUAUACCUCGACACUGUGGAGGCAGCCAUACCCUCACCCAUCCAUUCAGACGCUAUGUGAAACUGCAACAGUUCAGCCAGAGUAUGCCCUCUGUCCAGCCAGAUGAAAGCACCAUGCUGGCAAUGAUGAAGCAUGAAGAAGUAGAUAUACUGGGUCUUGAUGGUCAUAUUUACAAAGGACGUAUGGAUACACAUCUUCCAUCAAUAACCGGAAAAGAAUAUGUCCCAAGAACAAGAAGCAAGCUUGCUCGGUCUUCCUCACAAAGGCAGCAUCCCAUGCUCAGUGACCUGGCUAACCUCCCUGCUCGCCCCCACACUGCGAAAGUGUCGGUCGGCAACAUGUCAGCUAAAUCAAUAACAGACAAGUCUGCCGCUUCAUUAAGGAAUUCAGAAGAGUCUGGAAAUUUGGAGAGAGAAACUUUUGAUGUCCGAAUGACGAUUGCCUCAAGACAACGGUCUGAUGAGCAGUCUACCUAAGCCAAGAGGAUCCAGUUUUCACUCGCGUAGAACGUGGUUCUCACUAAUGAAGCCAGAUAAUAAAGAGUAUUCUAAAGGAGAAGGGUGCAGAUCUUCUGCUGCCAUGGAAUCCUGGCCCUCUGGCUAUGCCCAUAGUGUUUGCAGUCUCUGCGCUUUCCUAUAGUGAUGCUCCUGGAGGAAUCUGCUAGUGGGUGGAGCAGGGGUGGGGUGGGGUGAGGCUUUCUUCUGCAUUGUUCCACUGAGUCUACAGGUCAUUCAUUUUAUCCACGAGAAGUUCAGUACAAAAUCCUCUAUAUAAACUGGCUAGAGAAUAGCUGAUUUUAAGCAUCA